AUGGGCUGCGAGGAGGAAGAGAGGCUGCUGUUCCCGUCCUUCGUCUUCCCCGAUAGCUUCGCGGAGGCCGCCACCCCCGGCUCCGGUGACGGUGGUGAGCAGAAGAAGGCUCGGCAGCGGCGGAGGCGGAAGCCGCGGCCGGCGGCGGAUGGCGGCGAGGCCGGGGACGAGCAGGCCAAGAAGCGGCGGCUGAGUGACGAGCAGGCGCGGUUCCUGGAGCUCAGCUUCAGGAAGGAGCGCAAGCUGGAGACGCCCCGCAAGGUGCAGCUGGCCGCCGAGCUGGGCCUCGACGCCAAGCAGGUUGCCGUCUGGUUCCAGAACCGCCGCGCCCGCCACAAGAGCAAGCUCAUGGAGGAGGAGUUCUCCAAGCUCCGCGCCGCGCACGACGCCGUCGUCCUCCAGAACUGCCACCUCGAGACCGAGCUGCUGAAGAUGAAGGACAGGCUGGCGGAGGAGGAGGAGGAGAAGAGGAAGCUCAUCGCGGCUGCCGCGGCAGCCGGCGGCGUCGGAGCGGGUGCAGCAGGAAGCAGCAGCCCGAGCUCGUCGUCGUUCUCGACGGUGACGCACCACCCGGCGGCGCUGGUGGGGCAGUUCGGGGUGGACCCGGAGGAGGCCGCCGCCGACCUCACCUACAUAAGCGAGUACGCCUACAACAGCUACAUGAACAUGAUGGACCUCGCGCCCGGCGGCUACUUCGGCGGAGUAGUCUACGAUCACUUCAACUGA